AUGUUUGAAAAAGAAGAGGACCGAUCGGAGUCGGGAUUUAUGGGCAGCAAGAUCUGGGGGGCAACAGAGGCAUUGGAUAUUCAUUCAGACGCAAGAAUUGCUUCGUUUGGUUACUAUCCAAGCCAAGAUCCUCCAGCGAAAACAUGGGGUAAAACCUGCUCUGCGGAAGUGUGCUCUCUCCCACGUUUGAUGUUGAACGGGGCAAUUAAUUUCAAGUCCGGUCAAAUCACUUACGAGAAUCUUCCCGUAGAUACUACAUGGUCAACGCAUUCAGAGUACGUACUUGUGGUUGAUGCAAUCACCGUUAUGCAUUUAGUCGCAGCCAAUGAAAUUCUUCCUUCUCCCACAGAAUUCGCGUCUCAAAUUGAAUCCAAAAACGUCCCCGCUGUUUUCAAUGGAUGCAUUAAGGAGUGGCAGGCUUUCGUCAAGUGGAAUCCGGCUAAUGGCGGCCUCGAUUACUUGCAGGAACGGGUAGGAUCAUCUACCGUGGAAGCUAUGCUAUCCAGAACUGCACCUGUAUUUUAUGGUGAUAUUAGAAGCCAUGAAAGGGUUCAAUUACCGUUUUCUACCUUUAUUGAAUAUUGCAAGCAAAGAAUGCGAAACAGGGAUAACAGUAGUGGCUCUUCAUUGCAAACUGUUACUGAUGUAGAGCUGGAUAGUUUGCUUUCCGGUGAUACUCCUCAACAAAUUUAUUUAGCACAGGUGCCAAUAUUGAAUACCGAGGAUCGAGAGAGGGCUCAACUCGAAGGUCUUAGGGAAGACAUUCAAACACCUACUUUUUUGGAGACAAAGGAACUAGCUUCUGUCAAUUUGUGGAUGAAUAAUGCUCAAUCUAGAUCAAGCACCCACUAUGAUCCUCAUCAUAACUUGCUAUGCAUAGUUGCUGGCAGCAAACAAGUUGUCUUAUGGCCCCCUUCUGCAAGUCCAUUUUUAUACCCAAUGCCUGUGUACGGAGAGGCCUCAAACCACAGUUCCAUUGCUCUGGAAAACCCUGACUUCUCAUUGUAUCCGAGAGCAAAAUGCUCAAUGGAUUACUCUCAGAAGGUUAUUCUUCAUGCAGGUGAUGCACUUUUCAUUCCUGAAGGCUGGUUCCACCAAGUAGAUAGUGAUGAUUUGACAAUUGCUGUGAACUUUUGGUGGCAGUCCAACAUAAUGUCUAACAUGUUAGAGCACAUGGAUGCUUAUUAUUUGCGAAGAAUAUUAAGAAGUAAGUUUGGGGAGUCUACUAAGCAAGCACUCUCUAAGGCUUCUUCUCCUGGCUCAGAGAAACUGAAGAGCCAUAAAUGUGAGCUUCUCGGUAACAAAGGAGAUCAUGGUUGUUGUGACUUGAAACCUGCAUGCAAGAAACAGGGUUUACAAGGGAAGGACCAACGGCAUAGAGUUAACUUGCAUGAAUUGGAACCAUGCUCUCUCCAGGCUCUUCAUGAACUUGUUUCUUUAGUUCAUGACCAUGUUAACAUCACCGACCAAAGUCAACACAUACAAUCAACUCCACCAAAUGAUUCUAAUGUUAGCGUGAAAGAUGAAUGUGAUAAAACUUUGACAACUAAUAUAUUUUUCCUAGAGGAUGAUCCAGUUGCUAAAAUUCUUUGGACCCUUGAUCCAAGAACUCUUCAGAAUGUCCUUCUUGCCAUGGCGCACAAUUUUCCAAGAACCUUGGAGGCUCUGAUACUGCACUUGCUUUCACCGGUGGGAGCAGAGGUACUCACACAGAAGUUUGAUGAGAUUGAUCAACAGACAACUGAAGAGAAUCGGAACAAAUUCUACCAAGACUUUUAUGGUGCAUUUGAUGACCAAUUUGCUGCAAUGGAUGCGAUUCUUAAUGGGAAGGAAUUGUUCGCUCUCCAGUUUAUUACCGGUGGUAGUGUGGAAAAGAGUGUGCUGCCUGGGGAUUUGCAGCAGGAGGAGCAAAGAGAAAAAAGCAUAGAAAAGAAGGCUUUGAAGUUCAUAGGUGAACUUUUCGGCGAAGCGGUCACAAGGAAAAGUGGGGCAAUUGUCCCUGAUUAA